CGCCCCCAAUUGUUGAUAGAGUUCAGAAGUGCUUCUUUUAUCAUCGUGAAAAGAACUUAGUUUUAGUCAUUGACAUUGUGCAUUAUUAUUGCAUAGUUUUGUGCGGCUGCUAACGUACCUAUUAUGUGAAAAUAUUAGUUUUUUUCGUGUCAAAAAUGAAAUACUUGCUCAAGUUAUUUAUUACCGUUUGUUGCGUUUUCAUUUGUGAUGCUGAACUUGCAUCACAUCACUGUUGUCCUGAUAGCAUUCUUGUGAGUGCGAAAAAGUGCAAAGAUGGACGCAAUAUUUCAAUGUCUUGUGAAGAUUAUCCAUCUAUAAUGGAUCCAUCUCGCAGUACUUACUCCCAAUUCUCCAUUAGCGUUGAUCGUGAAAACGAUGGAAAAGAAUAUUUGGAUGCAUAUGUUGCCGGAUAUCAUAUUUUUCAACCAUACUUUUGCACUGGAGACAUACAAUACAUGUUCAACAAUCGUACAUCCUAUAACGUAGCUGUAACCUGUUCAUCGAACAGGAAAUGGUACAAAGACGUCAACGUUAAUGGAGGCGAAUCCGUUCAAAAAGCCAAAUACUACAGAUUAUUCUCCUUUUUGGUCAAAAUAUUCAAUUUCACUUCAGCUGUAUUACUUCUGACGACUGCCUUAAUAUAUUACGCUUUACCGAAUGUACAAAAUGUACAGGACAGUUGUUACUUUUACUUCACUUUUGUCGCUGGUUUGGGGCAUUCGACACUUACCUACAUGGAGAUCUUUGACCAAGAGGGGCUACUCCCUGAUAUGUGUAUUACCAAUGUAUAUUUGUUGGUUUACUUAUUACUAUGCAUGAUGACGUGGUCUAAUGUUACUUCUUAUCACAUUUGGAGAUCGGCUAUGAACUAUCAUACUGAUAAUGAAGCGGAAUUAGUAAAGCGAUAUAAAAUGUGUGGAUUCGGGGUACCUUUUUGUCUAAUAUUUCUUACCUGGAUACACGUGCACCUAAGCAAUACAGGAAAUACGAUAUUUGUUACAGAAUGCUGGAAACAUUAUCAAGUUAUGUAUACAUACUAUAUAACAUUUCCCGUCAUGGCGUCAAUUUCGUUGAAUUUCCUUAUGUUUGUACAUUCUCAAACGCGAGUUUGGAGUUCACAUUCAAUACAACUGCAAGAUAGAAAAUUGGCGAUGAAAAUAUUAAAAUACAGAUUAUUCAUGAACGCCAAGUUAUUCUUCAUGAUGGGCGUACCUUGGAUAUUGGUGGUGAUACUCUACAUCUAUGACAGUAUUUUAGAAAUAGGUACCGGUCCAAUAGCCACCCUAUUUAAAUUUUCCGUUAUUCUAUUGGUUCUGGUCGAAGGAGUACCUGUCUUUCUGAUACUCGUAAUAUUCCGAAAACGCGUCCUAAGAGGUAUGGGUAACAAAUGGUUUGCAAAUACGAAAAUAUACCCAGAUAAAUGGAAAACAGCCAGAGAUUCUGAAACCGAAGAAGAAGUUACCGAUGAUGAGACACCUUCUAGAAGUCCCGAAGCUAAAUACUCCGCAAAAAUCAACAAUAAUAGCGAUAAUGAUAAGAAUAUUCUAGAUGAAUCGGCUAUUGUCAUACUAUAAAAAUACCUACGAAUAAGUUCCUUGGAAUGAGAAAAUCAUUUAAGUAAAAAAUGCAUGUAUUCACAAUUAUGGUAUUAAAUUCUAAAAAGAGAGAGAAAA